CACGCGUUCAUCACCUUCUUCUUCUUCCACUGGGCCAAGGGCUCGCCGGACACGCACGCCCAGGGCGCCUGGAACGGCCUCACGGUCUGGGAGCAGCUCGACGACGCGUCCGUCUUCGAGAGCCCGACGAAGAAGAUCUUCCUCGCCGUGCCCACGUUCAUGCUCCUCGCGCAGCUCAACGCCGCGGGCUUCGCGAAGCACGACAUCGCCGUCAACCUCCCCGUCUACGCCCUCUUCUGCGUGCUGCCCAAGCUCCCGCUCCUCCACGGCGUGCGCCUCUUCGGCAUCAACCGA